AUGUCGGGAGCGGUACCAGGUCAGGCGAGGGAGGUCAUAGUGGGAGGUCAGAGGUCAGCUCUUGAGGAAACGUGUUCCAUACCCUAGAUCGGCGAAACAACAUGUUUCCUUGAAUAUUUCCUACCAACAGAGGAGAGCAGGAACUGGUGUCCCAAAUGGAAAUUGAACUCAUGUCCUGACGAUAACAAUGAACCAUGGACAUUCACAUCAGCCUAGGACACAUGGGGUCUCCCCAUGGUAGGGCAGAGAGAAGUGUUUGGGGUUGGGGGCUACAUAGCUGUCAUGAAAGUUGGCCGUGAAAAAGCUGAACAAGACAUGAAAAAGCUGUUGACAGAUCGAUGGAUUGAUAGAUACUUUUGCUACCUGCAUUGGAUUGAUAGGAAAACACGAGGUAUUUUCCUUGAAUUCACUGUCUAUAAUGCCAACAAAAUGUUGUAUAGCUUUGUGAGUAUACGUGUCGAGUUUCCGGAAACUGGUGGUGUGCAUGGAGUCUCGAACAUAUUUCCGUUUGGAAGCUACAAUCAUAAGGGAACAUAUGGACAAUGCAUUCUGUUCUGUGAAAUCACUUUCACUAUCUUCACGGCCGUCUGGCUAGUAUACAUCUCCUUCGCCAUGAUGAAAGAACGAUGA